GAUCAGAUCUUACUGUAAAACCCCAAACACACGCGCACCCGCAUUUGAUUCCCGGCUGAUUCGGUACGUCAUGCUUCCUGAACUGUAACUCGGGCUUGUGAGGGCCUCCAUUAUUCCGCUGAACUACACAUUUAUAAAUGCCAACCGCCCCUAAACCCCAGGGUUAUUAAAUAUUAAAUAUUUAGUAAAUAAAGUGUUAUUUCUGAGCGCGAGUCUCUUCCCCGGUUCCCCCGGUAGUGUGCGUGUGCGUGUGUGCGCGGGGGGGCUUGAAACCGUCUCCCAUUUCCUCUGCCUUGUUUUGUUUUGGGUUUUUUUCUCGCGCGCGGGUUCUCCAUGUUGGAACCAAACUGAGCGAUUUUUAUUUUUCAUCCUUUUAUUUUUAAGGUUCCACAUAAGUGCUGCUGAAUAUUUCUGCCCUUACAGCCGGAGGAUUCGUGCGAACGGGAAGUUUGUCUAGGGGGGGGGGAGGCGUGUGUGUGUGUGUGUGUGUGUGUAUUGCUUUAUUCCUGUGUGAGUGUGUGUCUGAGUAAUGUGUGUUUAAUGAAAGUGAGAUUGAGAAACUGGAUUUUAUUAGAUGGAAAGUUCUGUCAUCACACAAGUGCAGAGAGAAGAUCUCCAACUGCCUUCCAAAACAGGCCAGGUGAAAAAAUCUUCUCCGAAAAAGCCCCGGAGCAGGAAUAUUUUUAAAGCUCUUUUCUGCUGCCUGCGUGCACAAGAUGCUGCUCAGACGCUGCCUCCUUCCCAUGAUGCCUUGCUCCCCACUGAGGAGAACGGAUCCAUCACCAAGGUGUGUGAGUCGAGUCUGCUGCCGGACGUGACUCCAGAGGACAAGGGGAAGAUCUGUGUGGUUAUAGAUCUGGAUGAGACUCUGGUACACAGCUCCUUUAAGCCGAUAAGUAACGCUGACUUUAUCGUUCCGGUGGAGAUCGAGGGAACCACACACCAGGUGUAUGUCCUCAAGCGGCCGCACGUGGACAAGUUCCUCCAGCGAAUGGGAGAGAUGUUCGAGUGUGUGCUGUUCACUGCCAGCCUCGCUAAAUACGCUGACCCGGUUACAGAUUUACUGGAUCAGUGUGGAGUUUUCCGAGCGAGACUUUUCCGUGAGUCCUGUGUUUUCCAUCACGGUUGUUACGUUAAAGAUCUGAGUCGACUCGGCCGGCAGCUCAACAAAACCCUCAUCCUGGAUAAUUCUCCUGUGUCCUACAUCUUCCAUCCUGAAAACGCUGUCCCCGUGCUGUCCUGGUUUGAUGACGUGGAGGACACGGAGCUGCUGAAUUUACUGCCCGUGUUUGAGGAACUGAGCGGUGCCGAUGACGUUUACUCCAAACUGCGUCAGCUACGAGAGCCGUGACCUUCCUCAUCAUGCCUCAGGCUCGAUCGCUAAACCUCACAACCUCGAAACGCCUUUACAACCUCUCACAUGCCUUAAUCUGUCCGAAAGAACAUCACGUACAUCGCAGAGUGUGUGUUGGUGUCAUCUCAGUCAUCCUCAUGGUUCAGCGUGAUGUUUAAUGUUUGGGGAAAUGAUCACGUUUCACUCCCGAUUUUAUUUUUGUUUUAUUUUUGUCUGGGGGGGGAGGACCAAACACUCCAACAAACAGAACAAACACUCUAAUGUAAAUGAUGAAUCUGAGUGAAUAUAGCACAGGAACAUGCUCUGAGGAACAACAUCCCAUAAUAAUAAUCUUUAGGAAAAGAAUUUUCAGUGCUUGGGCCCUAAAUAUUCUAAAUCUUCUGUAUUCGUUUUACGUCGUGUCGAGAACACUAACGAGAAAUAAACUGCACGACUUUACUGUAAAUAAAAUUAUACACAAUCCUCAGAACCUCAACGCCACACACACACACACACACACACACACACACAUACUCUCAUGUCAGAGUCAGCUCUCAGGUUUAAUCAUCAAAAGAAUUUACUCAAAAUGUAUUCCGAAUUCCAAAUCCAAAAUGGACUUUUUUCCUUCUACACAUGCACGCACACACACACGCACACACACACACACACACACACACACACUCACACACACACAUAGAAAACUAGAAAAUCAAGCAACUUUUCAGUUGCUUUUCAGAAAUGAAUUUUUUCCCCUCAGAACCUGUCAUGUGAUUGGAAUUGGACUGAAUGUGUAAUUUUACUUCAGUUUCAACUUAAAAAGAUUUAAAUUCUUUAAAUGUUUUUCUGCACAAACAGCAGUAGAAUAUAUUUUUUCUUCUUUUCUAGUUACUACUUUAAUUUAAUUCAGUUUUAUUCGUAUAGCAUGUUUAACAGUGGACAUUGUCCCAAAGCAGCUUUACAGAAAUAUAUACAUUCAGGAUAUAGGUUUUAAACGUAUGAAUUUAUCACCCUUUACCAUUCUAAACAUGGCCGUGGCCCCAAAUACUUCCGAAUUUUUCUCCUGUUUACAUUUGAUCAGGUUUUAAAGUUUUAUUCACCCCUCAGUAUUGCUCUAAACACACGCCUUUAAUAUUAUUCUGUUUAAAAAGAGAUUUUCUGCUUUUAUUUUGGACAAAGCCACAGUUUGAGUUGUGAUUUUACUCUGGAGAAUUUUACAUAUUCCAAAUUUUGUUAAAAAAAAUCUGAAAUAUCAGAGUUUACCAAAGUUUUUGUGUGAUUUUCUUUUUUUUAUAUAUAUAUUUUGAAUUGAGUAAACAUGUUAAAUGACCUCAGAAUUGAAAACAAACUGUAAACACUUCACAUUUAGAAUUAAAACUCUCUGUAGUGUAGACUUCAGGUGACGUGGACCAUGAAGAAUGUUUCUGCUGGUCAGAGGAGCUUUUAUACACUAAAUCAAAAACAAACGACAACAAAAAAACAUUUUCUUGUGUAUUUUUCGUGUCUCGUUGCGGGUUUAUAAUCUGAUACGUGAUCAUUUUUGCUUUAAAAUCAGUGUAAUUGUUUAAAAUUCUUUAUCAAAAUCAGCGUCACUGAGAUUCUUCAUCAUUUCUACUGAAUGCUGGGAAAAUGUCAUUGAGUGUUUAAUGUUAAAGUGUAGUGGAAGCGUAUGGCCUUCCGUAGCACAGUGCGCUAACCACGCCCGUAAAUCAUCACACACUAAAACUCUUCCGUUAUUAAAGCUUCAACAGACUUGGUGCAUUUUGAUGUGAAUUCUGUGCCUCGGUUUUGGAUUUAAAUUCAGUUUUUAUUAUUUUAAACUUUUGCACCAAUUUUACUUCUUUUAUUGUGCAUUAAAGUUUACUGUUUACAUUCUUAUGAUUAAUUUUAAUACACAAGUGGAUUUUAUGAUUAUAAAUCAGUGAGUACACACGCACACACAGACGCAUGUUUGUAGUCACAGCGUUCAGUCAUUUUAAAGUAAAUAUAUAAUAAAACAUUUCAGUGCCACAGUUACAGCAGAUAUUUUUGUCCCGUUAUAGACCGUGUCACGUGUCGAGUUUAAACUGAAUGGAAACGCAAACGUUUCUGAUCUGCUCAGUGUUCUAAUACACACACACACACACACACACACACACACAAUCAUUCAGUAUAACAUUUUUAACAUCUUUUUAUUUUACACAGUGAUGUUAUUUAGAGAGAGAGAGAGUAAUGCUGCCAGUUUCAGACUAUGCAGAUUGUAAAAUGCAAAAAAAAAAUUAAAUGUUUAUGUUGAUUCUGUUUACUGUUUUAUACAUUUUUACUGUUUUACAUAAAAACCUGCUGGAGGUUAUGCAGUUCUGUUUUUACAAAUCUUUUCCUUGAUUUAUGAAAUUAGGAAAUUGGAAAUAAAAUAUUAUAAUUCCUC